AUGGCUUCGCAAUCCAAUGCUGAUUGUGGGCCGAAGCCCAUCGAGGCCACUGCAACUAUUUCCGGCUACGAGCCUGAAACAUGUUCGAAGGAGCUAAUUGAAGACACAUUAGAUUUUGUUCCUGUUGGUCUGAAGUAUUGCUUCGAUCGGACCUAUUUUGUCUCCGUAAGUUUUGAAUUGAUUUGUAUAAUCAGUUGCAUUGAAAAAUUUACACAGUGUCCUUCAAAUAAUUCCUAA